AUGUGUCCCAUUGAUUGUGGGUAAAUUUCAUGGCGGAAAGUUGAGAGGAGUUGGUUUGGUUAUACCAGAGAAGUAAAUAACUCGCUUUAUUCCUCGUGAAAAUAUUUUCCAGAUUAAAACAUUUUGGAAAAAGCAGACCUAUUUCUACAUACUAUCAGCUGAAGUGUCAAUAAAUAUCGUAGAUAUUUGCUGGAACACGGUUUCAUCCAAGACAUCGCCCGAAAGAAGACUGCCACAAUAUAUUUUGACACAUUUUCACAAACAUCUGAAGAAAUGUCGGACAACAAUGUAGCAGCAGAGCAAGGAACUGAAGGAAAACAUGAGAGCAAUACUUCAACCUCUGGAGUGGCAGACGAAGAAAAAGAACUGGCAACUGAUGCAUUUAAGGCCUUCUCUUCUGGAAAUUAUGAUACUUGUUUGCAACAUCUAACAAGCCUACAGGAGGUCAACAAGGAUGACUACAAAAUUGCUAUGAACAAGGCAAUAGCAGAGUUUUAUAAAAGUGGCCAGACCACAACAGUCACCUUAAAGCAGAUACUUGCUGCAAUGAAAACCCAGGUCCAUGCUGCAGUAGAGGAAAUUGAUGGUUUGGAUGAUGUUGAAAACAGCUUUCUUUACUACAAUCAAGCAAUUAUACACUACCACAUGUGUCAGUACACAGAAGCCAUCACAAUAGGAGAGAAGCUGUAUCAGUUUCUGGAACCUUUUGAAGAGAAGUUUGCUCAGGCUGUUUGCUUCUUGCUUGUGGACCUUUAUCUACUGACAUUCCAGCCAGAGAAAGCAUUGCAUCUUAUUGCGGUCCUGGAGAAAUUGACCAUACAGGGAAACAACAAAAAUGGCAAAAACGAGACUGCAAACAAAGAAGGUUCAAAUCAGAAGGCAGAAUAUAUUGCUAUGUUUGAGGCAGCUAAAUCCAAAAUUCAUCAGUAUAAAGUAAGGGCUUAUAUUCAGAUGAAGUCUUUGAAGACCUGCAAAAGGGAAAUCAAGUCAGUCAUGAAUACAGCUGGAAAUUCUGCUCCCUCCCUUUUCCUAAAAAGUAAUUUUGAGUAUUUGAGGGGUAACUAUCGGAAAGCAGUAAAGUUGUUGAACAGCUCUAACAUUGCUGAGCACCCAGGCGUCAUGAAAACUGGUGAAUGUGUACGGUGUAUGUUUUGGAACAAUCUUGGUUGCAUUCAUUUUUCUAUGGGAAAGCACAACCUAGGAAUUUUCUACUUCAAAAAGGCUCUUCAGGAAAACGAUCACACAUGUUCACAGCUAGCUGCCAGUGGCACUGGGCAAGCUAAGAAGUUUUCCAGCAUCCCGAUGUGCACCCUUCUAGCUAAUAAGCGCUACGAGCUGCUGUACAACUGUGGAAUCCAGCUCCUACACAUAGGGAGGCCCCUGGCAGCCUUUGAAUGCCUGAUUGAAGCAGUGCAAGUUUACCAUUCAAAUCCACGGCUCUGGCUGCGGCUGGCAGAAUGCUGCGUAGCUGCAAACAAGGGAACUUCAGAGCAAGAGACCAAAGGCCUUCCAAGCAAAAAGGGAAUCGUGCAGUCAAUUGUUGGUCAAGGAUAUCAUCGCAAGAUAAUUCUAGCUUCACAAUCAACACAGAACAUAGUAUACAAUGAUGGUCAGUCUGCAGCAAUCCCUGUUGCUAGCAUGGAGUUUGCUGCUAUCUGCCUGAGGAACGCCUUGCUCCUGCUGCCUGAAGAUCAACAGGAGGCAAAGUCAGAGAACGGCUCUAAAAACUCAAGCCAGUCUAGCAGUGUGGAAAGCAGCAGUGAGGGCAGCGAAGCCUGCAGUGGUAAAGGUCAGGAAGGAGAUAAGUUCAUCCCAUCUCCUCCUUCAUCCCCACUGAGGAAACAGGAACUCGAAAACUUAAGGUGCUCUGUUCUGGCCUGCAGCGCUUAUGUAGCUCUGGCUCUCGGAGAUAACCUCCUGGCUUUGAAUCAUGCAGAGAAACUUCUACAGCAGCUCAAGUUGUCGGGGUCACUAAAAUUUCUGGGCCACUUGUAUGCAGCCGAGGCUCUCAUCUCUUUGGACAGGAUCGCUGAUGCCAUUAGUCACUUGAACCCUGAGAACGUCACUGAUGUUUCCCUGGGGAUCUCUUCAAACGAACAAGAUCAAGGGUCUGACAAGGGAGAAAAUGAGCCAAUGGAGUCCUCAGGAAAGCAGACUCCACUGUGCUACCCCAACUCUGUGACAUCAGCUCGAGCAAUGAUGUUGUUCAAUCUUGGCAGUGCCUACUGUCUGAGAAGUGAAUAUGAGAAGGCCCGAAAAUGUCUCCAUCAGGCUGCUUCGAUGGUUCAGACAAAAGAGAUUCCACCCGAGGCAAUUCUGCUGGCAGUUUACCUUGAACUACAGAAUGGAAACACACAGCUGGCUCUGCAGAUUAUAAAAAGAAAUCAGCUACUUCCCUCCAUCAAAACCCUGUCUCCUGAUGUACGGAAGAAACCAGCAGUGAUCCAGCCCAUCCAGCCUAUUCAAAUGCCUGCUUUCACCACAGUGCAGCGCAAGUGAGGAAGGAAGAGACAGAGCCCGCCCCACUUAGAAACACAACACUUCUCCCAUCUGUUUGUUCUAAGCCAAAAAUAGCACCUUCAACCAACUAGGUCCUACUCCGUUAUACAUUUUUAUUUUAUUUCAUUACAAAAGUAAAAUAAAAAAAAAUAAUAAAAAAGUGGUAAAAUAAAUGAAUGAG